GCCGUUUCCAGACAAGCUGUUGUAUUUAUGAUAUUGAACACAAUGAAAUCUAUAAAGUGGACACUUGUCUGAUUCGAUGGCAUGUCUACAAUUUGUGUUGGGCGGUGAUACACAGUUUUGUUUGAAUCUUGGCCGCACGAAGUACUUGGUUCAGUUUGGAUACAUGGACCCACAUGUGAUGAGAAAUGAUUCACGCAUGACAAAUGAUAUGAUGGAAAGCAUGAUGAGAACAUCCAUUAUGGAUUUCCAGAUGUUUGUUGGGCUUCAACCAACAGGCAUGAUGGAUGAAGAAACUCAUGAGAUGAUGACAAAGCCUCGGUGUGGACUGAAGGACAGACAUGACUUUGAUGAAGAGCACAGCCGGAGGAAGAGGUUUUCUAUAUUUGGUGGAAAAUGGUCGAAGCAGAACCUUACAUAUGCAAUACAAAGGUAUCCGAGUAUCAAGCAUUUGUCAAGAUUGGCUGUUGCUGAUGAGAUGGAGAAGGCACUGGGUACAUGGGCAGCUGUUGCAGAACUGAACUUCCUGUCUGUCCAAAGGAAUGAGACAGCAGACAUCGAAAUUAUGUUCGUUAGUGGGAGCCAUGGUGAUGAAAUGCCAUUUGAUGGCGUGGGGAAGGUCCUUGCUCAUGCUUCCUCUCCUACUUCUGGGAAGGUGCACUUUGAUGAUGAUGAACCAUGGACCAUUAGGAAGUAUACGGGUCAGAACAUGUUCUAUGCAGCAGUGCACGAGUUUGGACAUGCUCUGGGGUUAGGCCACUCAAAAAAUACUACAUCUGUCAUGUUUCCAUAUGCAGGGAUGUAUGACCCAUCAUUCAGGUUGCACAGUGAUGACAUCCAAGGCAUUCAGGAUUUGUAUGGACAGAGAAUACAUUUUCCACCCGAUAUUUGUUCAGAUUCCACAUUUGAUGCCAUUUUUCAGUAUCCUGCAGGAGUCACAUACGUACUGAAAGGGGAAUAUUACUGGAAGCUGGCAGCUGACGGGCCUCUCAGUGGUUACCCAAAACUCAUCUCCCAUCAUUGGCGUGAACUGCCAGGCAAUAUAGAUGCAGCCAUUGCUCUUCCGUAUGGCAAGAUUUACUUUUUCAAAGGUAACAAGACUUGGGCAUACAGGGGUGUAUGUCUACUUCCAAAAUAUCCCAGACUUAUUUCUGAUGCCUGGAGAGGAAUUCCAAACAACGUGGAUGCAGCUAUGUACUAUGAUAAUUCUACAUUUUUCUUCUUUAAAGGGGACCAUUACUGGAGGUACAAUUCAAACCACAACCAUAGUGUUAAUGCUGAGAUGUACCCAGAACUACUGUUGAAGUGGGAUGGCAUUGUUGGGGAUCUGGAUGAUGUGUUACGCAUUGGAAAUUCUGUAUACUUCUUCAGGAAAGGACGUUAUUAUCGUUUCAACUGCUUAACACGCCUGGUUGACCGUGAUUACCCCAACGAACCCAGUUACCAUCGUUCAACAGCAUACUGGUGGUUUCGGUGUGCGGAAAAUGACGCUGAACUUUAUCAAGAAGAUGUGGCAGAACCUAGCAGCAGGAACAGGAAUACUGGCUGCCAUGCACUUACCACACUGGCAGUAAUUUUUUUAAUCUCACUGUCUGUUGGACAAGUAUGGCACAGCGCCAUGUAACAGCCUGACAGCAAAACCAUGAGGAAACUUU